CCCCCCAAGAACGGGGCUUGGUGGGGCCAGGGAACCACAGCCAGAGGUGGGGAGUUGAGUUCUGCCUGGACGUUUGUCUGCUGUCUGCCUCCUUCUCAGCCUUCAGCAGAAGAGAGAAAUAAGAUUACGUCUACUUUGAGAAUUCCUCCAGCAACCCAUACCUAAUCAGAAGGAUAGAAGAACUCAACAAGACUGCAAGUGGCAACGUGGAAGCAAAAGUAGUGUGCUUUUAUAGAAGACGAGAUAUUUCCAACACGCUUAUAAUGCUUGCGGACAAACAUGCUAAAGAAAUUGAAGAAGAAUCAGAAACUACAAUUGAAGCUGAUUUGACUGAUAAACAGAAACAUCAGUUGAAACACAGGGAACUCUUUUUGUCACGCCAGUAUGAAUCUCUGCCUGCAACACAUAUCAGGGGAAAAUGCACUGUUGCCCUUCUGAAUGAGACAGAGUCAGUACUGUCAUAUCUUGAUAAGGAGGAUACCUUUUUCUACUCCUUGGUUUAUGACCCCUCAGUGAAAACACUAUUAGCUGACAAAGGUGAAAUCAGAGUGGGACCUAGAUAUCAAGCAGACAUUCCAGAAAUGCUCUUAGAAGGAGAAUCAGAUGACAGGGAGCAGUCAAAAUUGGAAAUUAAAGUUUGGGAUCCAAAUAGCCCACUUACGGAUCGACAGAUUGACCAGUUUUUAGUUGUAGCGCGUGCUGUUGGAACGUUCGCGCGAGCCCUUGACUGCAGCAGUUCUGUGAGGCAGCCUAGUUUGCAUAUGAGUGCAGCCGCAGCCUCCCGAGACAUCACCCUGUUUCAUGCAAUGGAUACAUUGUAUAGACACAGCUAUGAUUUGAGCAGUGCCAUUAGUGUUUUAGUACCACUUGGAGGACCUGUUUUAUGCAGAGAUGAAAUGGAAGAAUGGUCAGCCUCAGAAGCAAGUUUAUUUGAAGAGGCAUUGGAAAAAUAUGGCAAAGACUUUAACGAUAUACGUCAAGACUUUCUCCCUUGGAAAUCAUUGACUAGCAUCAUUGAAUAUUAUUACAUGUGGAAAACUACUGACAGAUAUGUGCAGCAGAAACGUCUAAAAGCAGCAGAAGCUGAGAGUAAACUGAAACAAGUAUAUAUCCCAACUUACAGCAAACCGAAUCCCAACCAAAUGUCCACCAGCAACAGCAAACCUGGCACUGUGAACGGAGCCGUGGGGACCACAUUCCAGCCUCAGAACUCCCUCCUAGGGCGAGCCUGUGAGAGCUGCUAUGCUACACAAUCUCAUCAGUGGUACUCUUGGGGCCCGCCUAACAUGCAGUGUAGAUUAUGUGCAACUUGUUGGCUUUACUGGAAGAAAUACGGAGGUCUGAAGAUGCCCACCCAGUCGGAAGAAGAGAAGUUAUCUCCCAGCCCAACCACAGAGGAUCCCCGCGUCAGAAGUCACAUGUCCCGCCAGGCCAUGCAGGGAAUGCCAGUCCGAAACUCUGGGAGUCCAAAGUCUGCAGUGAAGACCCGUCAAGCUUUCUUCCUUCACACUACAUAUUUCACAAAAUUUGCUCGUCAGGUCUGCAAAAAUACCCUCCGGCUGCGGCAGGCAGCAAGACGACCGUUUGUUCCUAUUAAUUAUGCUGCCAUUAGGGCAGAAUAUGCAGACAGACAUGCCGAUCUAUCUGGAAGUCCACUGAAAAGCAAAAGCACUAGGAAACCUUUGGCAUGUAUCAUUGGGUACCUAGAGAUCCAUCCUGCGAAGAAACCUAACAUAAUUCGAUCUACACCAAGCCUGCAAACCCCAGCUACCAAGCGGAUGCUAACCUUGCCAAAUCACACAUCCCUGAGCAUUCUGGGGAAAAGAAACUACACUCAUCACAAUGGCCUGGAUGAACUCACAUGCUGUGUGUCAGACUGAGCUCUCCCCAUUCCAUGCUGUGAUCCAGGACUUGCUACACUCUCCUACCGAUGUUCACAGCCGUGCCUGGGAAGGAGGUGGCCCCGUUCUUGGUACAUUUCAUGGGAGACCUCGUGUGCGCCCCAUAGAGACCUGAUGGGACAGGGGAAGAAACUGAGGCGUGCACGUUCCAGAGGCCGCAUCUCCAUGUGUGACUCAUUAUCCCCUUGCUCUCCUCUCAGAGACCUCGCUGUCCCAGAGCGGGACCUGCUUGAGAAUUGAGGGGACGAGGGAGCCACUCCACCUCCUCCCUGCUCCUGCACCCCACAUCCCAAAGCAGCGGCUCCUCGGGGCCGGGUGGGCUGCAGGAGAGCUCCAAGCCGCCACCGCCCUGCAUGCGUCAGCCCAGCUCAGUUUUCAGCUGUAUAGUUGUGUACAGGAGGGACAUGGCAUCUUUCUGAACAGAUUUGUUCUUAAGAAGUGUGCCAUUAUUUAUUCAGUUUAUAAUUUUCCCCUAUCCUUGCCAUUACUGUCACUUGGUUCUUUCUCAAUAGCUUCAUUCCAUUUUUUUGUAAUGGGGAAAUUUUGCUCCUCACCCCCUGGAUACUGUCUUUGACCCCCUCUCCCCCACACCUCCAGGGCACAGAAUUACUUGAGGUUCUGACAAGCUGCUGAGCCUGUAAGCUCUUCCUGCUUGUCUGCAUUUUGUCACUGGGAAGAGGCUGGAGUUCUGCUUGGUCCCAGACAACUCCAGCAAGAGCAAGUGUCUAAACUCUGCCAGGCGUGUGUAUCACUGUGAUGAGCCAUUUGCUUCCUGUCCUCCCCUGCAGCCAAACCAGCUGGCCGGGAGCUGCAGCCAGGUGGGUCCUACGAUGGGUCACAAGCCACCCAGUUUUAUUUUAAGCACAUAGAACCUGUUUGGCCUAGGAGGGUGGGGUGAGGGGACUGUGCUUGCAGGUAUGAGUCUAUGUAUGUGACACCAUGAACCCCGACCCCUCUGGCCAAAAUAGCUCUGUGAGCAGAUGUGCCUGGGCCCUGGGAGACUCACCUGCUCCUUGGUCCCCAGUGUCCUGGGCUCUCCCCGUCUGCCGUUAACACCAGCCCUUGGUGGCAUCACGGCCAGCUGUUCUGCUCUGUGCACAUGGCUGCAGGGACAGGAAUGGCUUAGGGCCUGAUGAACUCCCUGAGCAGAUGUGAGUUUCGCCACCAUCCUGCCCUCCAUGCAGGGACAGGCUGCAGGGUGCAGGGUCAUGGCACCGUGAAGGACACCUGGAGUCUGACAUCCCAGCCGUCUCGGGACUGCAGCUGGGAGGCUGCUGGAUGGCUGGGAGUAGGUACCCCGAACAGAGCAGGUUGUUUCAAGACAGUGCAGCUACAAUUGGAUUGAACUGCCCAGGACAAGUGAGGUAUCACUAAAAUGCUGAUGACAUGCUAGAUGCCUGUCUCCUUGGAGGCCAAGUUCAGCUGAGCAAAGCAAACGUGAUGUAUGAUGGUUGGAAGCUGUGCCCUGAGCUCCAGCUGUCUCUUCUGUUCCCAGCUUUGCAGUCAUCUUCGCCUCUCUGAGGAAGAGUUGGCUUUCAUCUUAGGUUUUUGCAGGGAUGGCCAGGGGCCAUUUCCACCAUUGCCAAUUCUUGCAGCUGCACUGGCUUUUGGCUUGGGGCUGCUGAGGAGUGUCAGAGGUGCUCAGUGAGCUGGGUGGCGGGGGCGGGCAUUCCCCACUGGGUUCCCCACAGAAAGUCCCCUCCAGCAAGGACACCAGGAAGAAGAGACAUCUGGCUCAUCACUGAAGAAAACAGCACAGGAUGGCUUUCUCUCUGGCCCUUGUCAUGGAUUUAUGGUCCCAUGUGGACAUAGAAGGUGAAAUGGUUCUCUUGCCCUUUCCCUUUCCUAACCCCGGUAAGCUGCCCAUGACUUCACUGCCAGCGUCCUUCUUUCUUCCUGUUGGGAGAGCAUCUGUCUAGGCCCAAGAGAUGUGGAACCUGGGGCCACGCCAGGUCUUGAGGAAGAACAGAGAGGCCACCCCAGUCACAGUUUGCUACUAGCUUUGGGAAAAGACCAGCUCAUUUUGAGCCACACAUAUCAAGAGGGCUCUUCCUUCACCUGGUUCUGCAGUCCUGUUCUCCUCCGGAAAGAUGUCAAGUACCGUUUUAUGCUGUCACUUCAUCUCCGAAAAGUCCCCCAGUGUCCUCAUUGAACACUCCGGGGAAUGUUCUAUUCCUUGCCUUUGCUGUUCCGAGAGUUGGUGCUGGAGGGUGUCCCAGCCUUCCCCGCACCAGGCCACGGCAUCACCGUUGUGGCGUUGCCCAAGGCCUUGCUCGGUGGGCAUUUGGGUGGACGUGCAGACUCCAUCUGUGUAACCCACGGCAGACGUGCCCAGGGUGAAGUGCCAAGGCCCUUCUGGGCUCCGUUGGAUGAAAGUCUUCCUCUCCUAGAUCAACUCCGGCCCACCCCGGUUUCCUAAAGGUGGUGCAAGAGGAUAGGAGAGUGUUGCAGAAACAUUUUAGUACGACUUUUGUCCACAGCCCAAUUCCUUUUUGCCUUUGUAUCAGGGUCCAACCAGGAAAACAGAAACCAGAGAGAUUUUAAUCUUGGGAACUGUUUAAAACAGUUUCCCAACGGGAACCGAAAGGCCAAACAGGAGCGAAGUGCAUCCCAGAGAUGGGGAACAGCAGGAAGUUGCCACCUCCCCAAGGCUGGCAGGACCCAGGAGGAGGCCAGGCCACCAGAGUCAGGGCCAGAGCCACUGGGAGGUACAUGGGCCCACAGACGGCCUGUCUCACAGAAGCUGAGCCCCCCCCAGGUGAUGGGGUUCAUUGUCAGAAACAUCCCCAAGGCAGAGAAGGGGGGAGAAAUUGCAUGGCUUCUCCUUUCUCUUGCCCUUCAGAUGCAGGUGCUAUGUAAGCUAAAUCCAGCUGGAGCCAGUGGGCCUGGGGUUCUGGUUCCGGCUACCCCAGCAGUCUGAGCUACCCCCACCCCUCAGAGCAGAGCAGGAAGGGCAAGGAGCAGGGCCAGUGUGGCCUGGCUCUGCUCUGUUGUCAUGUCUGAGCUUUGUGUUAAUGCCCCUUUGCUGUCCCAAGACCCCAGUGAGGGAAGACCAGGGUGCGGCCCCCUUGUGUGUUUGUAGAUUCUGUUUUACUCUGGCUAGAGAUGAAAGUGCUUUGGGGAGAGAGGGGGAAAGCCUUUAUUUACAGUUGUCCCUGUUUUCCUUUGGGGAAAUUCACCCAUUGAGCAAUCCCUGCCUUGCCAUUCCUCCUAAGGAAAACCAUGUCCCAGUUUCUGUCCACCCAUCCCCAUCCCCCCAACCCCAAUCUCUAGUGUUCCUGCCAGAGAACACUUACCCAGGCCAUGCCCCAGUGAUCAUGAUUGUUUCCCCAGGAUAAUUCAUUCAGAGCGUGAUAUUACAAUGUGGACCGUCUGUCUGUAAGUAGAUGCCAGCUACUAAUCAAUUUGUAUCGUGUUUCCAAUAAAUUUCUGGAAAUUA